GCUGAUACGUGGCCUCGCGUAUUAUUUGAAAUUUCUUGUAGUGUAAGUUAAAGUUAUAAAAUGGUGAGAAGACACCAAGACAUGGAUGAUGACGCUAAAAGAAGUUGCGGUUGCGUCCUGCGUCACGUUUCUCCAAUACGACAUUACAUGAAAAGCCCACUUUGUUUAUUAAACUCAACGGCAAAGAAAAUCAUUGGAUUCACCAUAUAUUGCUUGCUAAUGUUGAUUUAUGUUCCCUUCUACAUUUUUGGAAUGUUAUUGAUACAAAAAGGAAUAGCAAUGCUAAAACUAAGAAAAAGGCUUGGACUUUUUCAUCGCAAAGAAGGCAGGCUGGGUCUUGUUAGUAGACGAAGCAGGGUUACUGACAUCGCUUGCGUUUCAAUGGAAAAUGAGCUGGACUUUUUAUAUAAUCGAAGUCCAGCUUAUAUAUGGAGAAUGUGUUUUUCUAUGCCCUGGGAGCUUGUAAAGACUAUCCUAAGACAAGAAAAAAUUCAACUUAUAUCCGAUGACCAACUUGCCUAUGUAAUUCUAAACACUGUAUUUGCGCAUUCUGUUUGCUGGGAUGAUGAUCGAAAAAUGUACAGACUUGUGAUGGAAGGAUUCGAAGACUUAUUUCUCUUCCAGGGCUUCUACUGGGAUGCCAGACAUGUUCUUGUUAGUCCCGACGCAAAGAAAAUCAUCAUUCAAAUGAGCGAUGGACAAGAAUACAACUCCGAUUGCGAGCAAAGACUUCGACCUACCUUCGAUUUGGCUAAAUUGCAUGUACAGGUCUGUUUGUCGUAUUUUGCUCCCGGUCUCUCGCACAAUCACGUACAUUUUGUUCUCCCCAGUGCAGUUGCAGUUUUGUCGCAGAAGUUACUGAACAGAAAUGGAAUUCUGUAUAAAUUACUAUAUCAACAUUUCCGCUUUACCGAACGCAUCAAUUAUCAGGCAUUACGAGUGCAGAAGGCCACCAACAACAAAAGAUCAGCUUUGGACAGGCUGUUCUUCUUCUGGCAGCCAUUCCCACUCACUAAGGAGCAAUUCUUGGAAGGCGUUGCGAGAAAAUGUAAAAAGCAUUAUUUUGACAAAGGAAUGCAAGAAUGUAAGGAAAAUGAAGAAGAAAAGGGGGAAAUAUCAAACAUCAUGUCUCAACUGAACACGUCGCCAUGUAGAAGCGGGAAGCUUGACAGCAUUCCAGAAUUUCCACAAGUCGAUGAAUUAGAACCAAGAAUACAUCAUCUGUUUCCUCCAGAUUUUACAACCGAUAGAAGACUCCAGAAGAUCCCGUACCUGAAUUUUCUGGCUCAAUAUUAUUUCGUGAUUCGAGAUUUCGUCAAAUCGAUGAUUCCUUUCAUUGACGGGGAUGAAUGGAAACUUCUUAGUACUGAAGUUGCAAAGCACGUUCCCCGUUUUGAUAAAUGCUCUAUGGUUGAUGCUAUUGCCACAUACAUUCAUCAGGUCGGUGUCAUUCACUUCUGCGAUCACAACAGCUACCUACGAUAUUUUGCUUUCAGAUACGGAUCAAUGGCGAUCAGGGUUCCAUUUGAGCCAUUUGAAAAUUUAGAAGAUUGGGAAGAGUUUGCUUUGGAGCAUAAUUUUGAUUUGAAUGAAGUCAGAGGAAAUCCACUUCUACUGAUGAGACAGAGAGAUGUGUUGCGAACAAGAUCAUUCUUGCUUAUUUUCGUUGAUUUCAUCCCAAGUGCGAAACUGAACUUACAUCUGAUAAAUACUGAUUAUGAGUUUAGUGAUACUGGACCGGAAAUGGCUGCAGAAAACUUCCGACUGAAAUUACGAGCACUAGAUGGAAAUUUGAAGUUACAAAGAUCGGUACUGCCUAUACUAUCGUCACCAGGUGAACAAAGGGCAGAAGGCAUGCGACUCGUACCCCUUGAUGACAUUGUAAGAACAGUGUGUUACUGAAUCAACAGCACAUAAAUAAAAUCAUAAUUCUGUUCGUUCAAAAAAAAAGAGUUAUUUCAAUGGCUGAAGAUAUUUGUUUUAAAGCUGUAUUUUUAUUGAUAUUUAUUUUUUUUUCUCGUGAACAAUCCUAGUUUUAGGUAAAAAUUGAUGUAAUCAAUCAGAAUGAUGAAAUUAUCAUUCUCUAACAUUUUGGUUUUAUGUUAUCCAUGGAAAAUAUUCGAAUGCACUGUAUGCUUGUUUUAAAACAAUUGUAACCAUGUAAUUAUUUUAUAACGAUUAUAAAGGAUCACACCAUAUUGCAAAUUUUUUGCAUGUAAUGAAAAGAAAAAUAUUUCCUUUAAAGACCGUCGUUGUCGCCAUAAGCACUGUUUUAUUACAUUUAGCAAAGAUUUUAUUUGGCUCGGUAGAACUGAAUGCAUUUCAAUACUGCCCCAAAUGGAUUGAUUUACUUACGGGCCAGCUUCGAUUAUUAUUGUCGAAGCUUGUAUGCCAAUGCCAAUAGACAUUUUUCAUUUGAUGAUUUAUAUCAAAGUCUCAAAAUGUAUAGAGAAAUUAUGUGAUCAUCUUAGCGCAAGUUGUUGUUAUGGUUCGUGUGCUCAAAUUGUCUUACCGAUGCAUCAAUCACGUGUAACUUACUUGGUAUCUACAAUAAGGGCUUUUACUGAACUUUCUAUCGAAAAAUUCUACGUAGAUUGCAGUUAACUGGAAGGAUUCUGAAUGCAAUCGACUUU